AUGACGACGACUACUCAGCCGGUCCAACUGAAACUCCAACUAAACUACCCAGAGGCCGAAGAAGAUCCCGAAAACAAGGAAGACUCAGACAACGCUGAAGCACGCCGCGACCAAGAACUAUACGAUCUACAAGAAAAAAAAAGGGGGGAAGACCACGACAAGAAAAUGGCAAGAACCGUAAGGACGAUGAUGAUGACGACAGAAUAG